AUUCCCCUCGCAGCAAUGGACUUGGAUAAACCAUCCGUGUGGGGAUCCCUGAAACAGAAAACUAGACCAUUCCUGCAAAACCUGAGCGUGAGGAAGACGAAGAAGAGGUCUAGCAAAAUGAUGAAGAGGACAGUGCACUCCUUGGACCGAUGUCUGAGUGUGUCGGUGCCUGACAUGCUGGAGGUGGAGACUCUUACGGAGGAAGAAACGACUUAUUCAAGUACUCAGGUGCUGUCGAGCAGCUCCCCCAAGAGCUUUUCCAGGUCUGUGAUGUCCCUGAAAAGCAGAAGCGCUUCAGCGAGGGCAGUGGGAGAGGACUGGCCGUGGCUGUCGCAGCAGGUGACACGGACAGAGGUGAUUGUCACCCCCCCAGACUCGCAGGCUGCAGGCAGCCCCGUGUCCGAGGGCAAGAGGAAAGCCAGCGACGACCUCUUUGAGCUGCUGCAGAGCUCCCGCCUGAGCGCUGCUCUGACGGACGAGGGGGCAGAGUACCCAUGUGGAGAAAUGGAUUUUGACUCUUCCCUAUCAUCUCAAAAUUUUGAUGAUCAAGUGGCUCUGGAGGAAGCAAACGACUGCUUGAGUGACCUGCCCAGCCCCUUUGCCUACCUGCUGACCAUCCACCUGAAGGAAGGCCGGAACCUGGUUAUCAGAGAUCGCUGUGGUACAAGUGACCCGUAUGUGAAGUUUAAACUGAAUGGGAAAACUCUCUACAAAAGUAAGGUUGUCUACAAGAACCUCAACCCAGUUUGGGAUGAAACUGUUGUGCUGCCUGUACAGACUCUUGAUCAAAAACUGUGGAUCGAGGUGUACGAUCGAGAUUUAACCUCUUCAGACUUCAUGGGUUCGGCAUUUGUAGCGCUCACUGAACUUGAACUCAAUAGAACUACUGAACAGAUUUUAAAACUGGAAGAUCCCAACAGUUUAGAAGAUGACAUGGGAGUGAUUGUAUUAGACUUGAGUCUAGCAGUCAAGCAAGGAGACUUCAAGAGAAAUAGAUGGUCAAGUCGGAAGAAGCGAACUUCAUCCAAGUCGAGUUUCAUGCGGAGCAUGCGACUCUCCGAGUCUUUGCGCAAGAACCAGUUGUGGAACGGGCUGGUCACCAUCACACUCUUGGAGGGGAAGAACAUGCCUGGAGGGGGCUUGGCAGAGAUUUUUAUUCUCCUCAAACUGGGAGAUCAAAGAUACAAGAGCAAGACACUGUGUAAGAGUGCAAAUCCUCAGUGGAGGGAACAGUUUGAUUUUCACUACUUCUCUGACAGGAAGGAUAUGUUGGACAUUGAGGUCUGGAGAAAGGAUAACAAAAAGCACGAGGAGCUUUUGGGAACGUGCCAGGUUGACAUUACUGCCCUGCCCAUGAAGCAGACCAAUCGCCUAGAGCUGCCUCUGGAAAAACGUCCAGGGUCCCUGCUAAUGCUGAUUGCUGUUGCCCCAUGUACAGGAGUAUCUAUCUCUGAUCUGUGUGUCUGUCCUUUGGGAGACCCCAGCGAACGGCAACAGAUUUCUCAGCGUUACUGUAUAAAGAAUUCCUUUCGGGACAUAAAGGACAUUGGCUUCUUACAAGUCAAAGUUUUAAAGGCAGUGGACCUGUUGGCAGCAGAUUUUUCAGGCAAAAGUGAUCCUUUCUGUGUAUUAGAGCUGGGAAACGACAUGCUUCAAACACACACUGUUUACAAGAACCUCAAUCCAGAGUGGAACAAAGUUUUCACAUUCCCUAUUAAAGAUAUUCAUGAUGUUCUGGAAGUGACAGUGUUUGAUGAAGAUGGAGAUAAACCCCCUGAUUUUCUUGGAAAAGUUGCCAUCCCUUUGCUGUCUAUUAGAAACGGUAAACAAAGUUGUUACACACUGAAGAAUAAAGACUUGGAACGUGCUUCAAAAGGAGUAAUUUACUUGGAGCUGGAUGUCCUAUUUAAUCCUAUAAAAGCAAGUAUUAGAACAUUCAAGCCCCGAGAAAAGCGCUUCACUCAGGAAAACCGCAAAUUUUCUAAAAAGAUCUUAUCAAGAAAUGUUGAUCGUGUGAAAAAAAUCACCAUGGCAAUAUGGAAUACAAUACAAUUCCUUUGGAGCUGCUUUCUCUGGGAGUCCACGGUAAAGAGCUUGAUAGCAUUUGUGGUAUUUGUGGUCACCGUCUGGAACGUGGAGCUGUACAUGGUGCCCCUGGCUUUGCUGGUGCUCUUUGCCUACAAUUUCUCCCUCGUCACGACAGGGAAGGUCAAUAAUGCCCAAGAUGCCCAGGAGCUUAUGGGCUUGGAUGAAGAUGAGGAUGAAGAUGAUAAGGAAUCUGAGAAAAAGGGGCUAAUUGACAGAAUCCACAUGGUCCAAGAGAUCAUCAUAGCUGUUCAAAGCAUCCUAGAAGAAAUAGCAUCGUUUGGAGAGAGGAUUAAAAACACAUUCAACUGGACGGUGCCUUUCCUCUCUGUCCUGGCCUGCUUGGUCCUGGCAGCAGCAACAGUUAUUUUGUAUUUUAUACCACUGAGGUACAUAAUUUUAAUCUGGGGCAUAAAUAAAUUUACUAAGAAGCUUAGAAAUCCCUACGCCAUCGACAAUAAUGAGCUACUAGAUUUCCUCUCCAGGGUACCAUCUGAUGUUCAAAAGGUGCAGCAUGCUGAAUUGAAACCAUACAGCAGCUCCAGUCCCAUUAGGAGGAAGCGGAGUGCGCUCUAGGAUGCAGCGGGAUUUCGGAAUGCAGCAUCUCCCUCCAUCCACACGCAUGUGCACACAAGCUGCAGCCCUCCCCUCCUUCUAGCUUCAGAACAAUAAUACUAGAAUCACUGCC